AUAUAGUGACGUAUAUCCGGUAUGGUUCACUAGCUAACAUAAAGAGCUGCAGAGACGUGCUUCACAACUUCAACGCCCUGUUGUUGCCUAUCAUCAAAUACUUGUGCAACUAAUUCUCGACAACAUGGCAGAGAGUGAUUGGGAUACCGUGACCGUUUUGAGGAAGAAGGGUUCGGCUGCGCAGUCAAAGUCGAAACAGGCUAUAAUUACUGCUCAGAGGAAGGGAGAGGAAGUCGAAACUUCUAAGAAAUGGGCUGCUGGGCAAAAUAAACAGCAUGUUAUAACCAAGAACACAGCCAAGCUGGACAGAGAGACUGAGGAGCUGAGUCACCAGAGAGUUCCUCUUGAAGUGGGGAAAGUGAUCCAGCUGGGCCGCCAGAAUAAGGGCUUCACCCAAAAAGAUCUGGCUACUAAAAUUAAUGAGAAGCCACAGAUCAUCGCGGAGUAUGAAUGUGGAAAGGCCAUCCCCAAUAACCAAGUCAUGGGGAAGAUUGAGCGAGCCAUUGGUCUAAAGUUGCGUGGAAAGGAAAUUGGGCAGCCUCUUGAUGCCGGCCCUAAGAAGAAAUGAGUAUAAAAUCCUCGAAAGAUCCACCAUCUACUGAAACGUCCCAGUAGUUAUAUGAUCUUUUCAGUCAGUCUUUAUUAAUUGCUGCAUCACUUCAUAUUUUCUCAAUUCUAUUGGUGGAUUAUACAUGCUCAUAAUGACACCUCCACAAAAGGCUUAUUAUCUAACGUUUUAUGUCAGAUGAUGAAGACUUGAUUUUUUUUUUAAGCUUGCUCACUGCUUUGAAAUAAAAACAUAUUUCUAUGUCUGA